AUCACCAAUUUCUCAAACCGAGUCAUCAAUCUUUCACACCUCCAUUUCCAAGAAAAUCUCUAGGCGUCAGAAGAGCACAUCAACAAUGACAGCCCCAUUCCCUCAAGCCGCCUAUAAAAUCACAACCCCGCGGCUCAUCAUCCGCAGUGCCGUCACUGACGAUGCAGAGGCUCUCUGCCGCCUCCUCUCGACGCCGGAGAAUCACCCCUUCGGAGGCGCUCAGACGAACAUCUCUCCCGAUAUCAUACGUGGCCGCAUUGAGAGGUGGGGACCGGAGUAUGCGUCUGGGAAGAAAGCUAUUUUGAUGAUUACAAUUCGGGAGACGGGCGAGUUGAUCGGAUUUGGCGGAUUCAACUGCUUUGAGACUGCCGAGGGGGAGACGUGUGAUGUUGCGCUGAAGAGGAUGAGAGAUGAAGGAUAUCAGGAGGGAAGUGAGGAGGCCCUGGGAGAUAACGUUGCUGGGGAGGCUCCGCGUCGUCAUACCACGCCGUAUCUUACCGACUUUGGGGUGUCCCUCGAUCAUCGUUACUGGGGCAAGGGGUACGGUAGGGAGGUCUUGAGUGGCCAAGUCGACUUUGCCGUCGAGGGACUCGGCUGCAGUAUUGUACGUGUUGAGACUGAGCUUGAGAAUAAGCCCUGGCGAGAGGUUAUGAGAUCGAUGAAGUUGAGCGAGCUAAAGACGAAGGGCCCGGUCAGCUACGGAGAGAAGGAGGUCGGAUGGGUUUAUAAGAUCGACCCGGCGACGUGGAGGGACGUCAGGGGUAAAUUGGAGCAGAGGGGAAAGUGGCCAUUGUGAUUGGAGAUGUCUUGGCUGCUAGACGUAGGCAUUGUUGUAUUCUCUCUUUAAGGGGCGGGCUUUUUGUUCUGACGUGCAAGUAUUCGAUGUCAACCGCGCUCUGCCCGGCGGCGGGGAGAUAUAUUUCUCAGCGGGAAAGAUACUGGAUAUGGCGAAAGGGAGGAGGAGCUGAGCGGCUAUAUUACCAUGU